GUUCAGCCUUAAAUGCGCCUCAGCACCAUCGAAUCAUAUCCCCUACCGUCCAAUGUCCUAGGCUCCCAGCACAUGUUCAUAUUUCCUCCGUCUACCUUUUCUAUAUACUUUGUAAGUUUGGGCUUUCCUUUCUAAUUUGAGUAUACACCAUCAAUAAUUUCAUCGUCAGAUCAAGUUCGUAGACAAAGAAACAAUGGCGGAGACUCAAUCUCAAGGAGCCCCUACACUCUUCUCUCCUUACAAGAUGGGCAAGCUCGAUCUUUCUCACAGGGUGGUGCUGGCGCCCAUGACGAGAUGCAGGGCGUUGAAUGGAAUUCCGAGACCGGCGCUCGCUGAAUACUAUACGCAGAGGUCGACUCCUGGCGGUUUUCUCAUCACCGAAGGGACGUUGGUCUCCAACACUGGAGCAGGGUUUCCACAUGUUCCUGGGAUCUACAAUGAAGAACAGGUGGAGGCAUGGAAAAAUAUUGUGGAUGCUGUUCAUGCCAAAGGAAGCUUCAUUUUCUGUCAACUGUGGCACGUUGGUCGUGCAUCUCAUUCAGUGUACCAACCUGAUGGAGCGGCACCUAUAUCAUCAACGAGCAAGCCCAUUUCUAAAAGGUGGAGAAUUCUUAUGCCAAAUGGGAGCUAUGGCAUAUACCCAAAACCUCGAUCCCUGGAAAUCCCUGAAAUACAAGAGGUUGUAGAGCAUUACCGCAGGGCAGCCUUGAAUGCCAUUCGUGCAGGUUUUAACGGAAUUGAGAUUCAUGGAGCACAUGGCUAUCUCAUUGAUCAAUUCUUAAAGGAUGGGAUUAAUGAUCGUACAGAUGAGUAUGGUGGAUCAUUGGCAAACCGCUGCAAAUUCUUAAUGCAAAUUGUUCAAGCAGUAGCUGUAGCGAUUGGUGCUGAUAGAGUUGCUGUCAGAAUUUCACCUGCAAUUGAUCACCUUGAUGCAACAGACUCCAAUCCACUCAACCUAGGCUUGGCAGUGAUUGAGAGGCUUAACCAGCUUCAGCUACGGCUGGGGUCAAAACUAGCUUACCUUCAUGUGACUCAGCCUCGUUACCAUGCUUAUGGGCAAACAGAAUCAGGCCAACAUGGUAGUGAAGAUGAGGAAGCACAUUUAAUGAGGACUUUGAAGAGGGGUUAUCAGGGAACUUUCAUGUGUAGUGGUGGAUUUACUAGGGAGCUGGGAAUGCAAGCUGUGGCUGAGGGUGAUGCAGAUCUGGUAUCCUAUGGCCGUCUGUUCAUCUCAAACCCAGACCUAGUCUUGAGGUUGAAGGUUAAUGCGCCACUAAGUAGGUACAUUAGGAAGACAUUUUAUACUCUGGAUCCUGUUGUUGGAUACACAGACUAUCCCUUCCUGAGUGCAGAGAAAGGCACCCAAUUUCAGUCACGUCUUUGAUGUGCAAUCAGUAUUGUAGUUUAAUAUCCAAUAUUCGGCAUGAAAGUUGAUUGAGUGAAUAUAUUAGGUUAAGAUUAUGUCUGAAGAUAAGAAUGUUGUUAUGAAACCUGUGCUUCUUUAUACAUAAAUUAAAUUUCUGAUUUAGCUGCA